AUGGAACGACGAAGUAUCUGCUUCCCAGAGCCUGGCACUCAGAACGUGUUACACAAUGGCGACAGCAAGUUCGGGCACGAACUGGGCCGGCUGUUCGCAUCAUCCGAGAACAAUGCGCUGGAGGCUCUGGUCGCACUCAAAGCGAGGCUUCGCGGAGUGUCCACCGAGAAUUUCUGGCAGGAAGUCACGGAAGGCAUGUCAAGCAUCCUGGGCGCUGAGAUGACUCUCGUGAUCAAGCGAGUACUGGUCGACGACCAGAACGCCGCUGUGGAGAUGCCACCGAUAGGUGAACCCGGCUCGUGCAUAAUGGCCGCAGCGUUUCACUGGUGUGCUCGAGAUGGGACGAAGACCACUAUGAAGGAAUCGCGAUUUCAUGCCUGGGGCUGUCCCUGCGCCUAUAUGCGCCACGACAAAGUGUUCGUUAUCCCGGAAGACCUUCCAAAAUUCAUCACGAAUAAUCCUAAUAAGCUACCGACACCUGCUGAUGCAUAUAUCGCCGUCCCUCUCUUCGCCGAAGGGAAGUGCUUCGCCCACUUUGGUGCUAUGUGGUCUAAGGAGGCCAUGAUGCGAAGGGAUCUAUCAUGGGGUUUCAUAGAAAUGCUGCUCCACUCGCUUGAAGAUAUGAUCCUGGAACGAUUUCUGGAAGGCGCUAACUUCGUGAAGCCGGCUGCGAUGCCACGAACAAGGUCGAGGAUCAUACCACACGAUGCUGUAACGCUUGCACAAUCCCUCCGACCAUAUGCACCGAGUCUCUCUCACGAGCUGAGGACGCCAAUGCAAGGUGUGGUCGGAAUGCUGGACGUCAUGUACGCCACCGUGCAGGAGGCUGUCGAGUCACAGAUCGACCCCUACCUGCGAAAAGUUUUCCAAAGCUUGAAGGAGAACAUCGAAGUCGUUCAGGACAGCUCGAGACGUGCAGUCGAAGCUGCUGACAACUUUGUUCAUGCUGCUGAUAUGGAUCUGACUGUGCCCGAGCCUGCUCCUAUGUUGCCAAAUGACGAGUCCAUGGAUUCGCCGUCGUCAAUGACAGCCGCAGAAAAGCGACCUGACAUUUUAGUUGCGGGCAGCAAUUUACCAUUACCGAGACCAAACAAGCGUCGGAGAGAAGACAACACGUCCCGAAAUGGUAGCAAUGCAAGUGCCUCGAAGGCGCCUCGAGUGGAUGGAGCUGCAUCUGUGUGGGCACGAACAGUCGAGCCCAGCAUAGAAGUAGCGGAAGGCCUUCACGAAGCAGAGAACGUGCUUUCAGGCCACUUCGCUGAUGGCUCUUCUGUUGACGUUCCUACUAUGAAUGACGGUAUACCCUGGAUUAAUGGAGGUGUCGACAAUCAUAGCAGACUUAUAGCACCUGGCUUACGGCACACAAACAUGCGUGAGAUCUUCCAAUACGUGAUCAACGAAGGACUAAAGAUGGGUGGACGCCCCGACUCGGCCAUAGCACAGGAAACAGAGAAUGGUGAAACGAUCGAGGUGCGAUCACGAGGAUCGGACGGCACUAUCAGCUCGAAGACUAUCGAGUGGAGUGUCGACCCUGGUCUACCACAGACUAUGUUCAUUGACGAGAAGGACCUAACCAAACUCAUCUCCUGCGUCUUCUUGAACGCCAUCAAGUUCACUGAUCAGGAGCAUGGCUAUGUACGCUGCGCAGCCAAGAUGAGCGGACGAGGUCGCUACAUAAGUGUAAAGGUGGCUGACAAUGGUCCCGGCAUAUCUGCUGCGUUUCUGCCAAAGUUGUUCAAGCCUUUCUCGCAAGGCGAUGGCACGACUACACGACCGAGCGAAGGUCUUGGACUAGGCCUCCUCGUAGCCAAAGGAAUUGCUAGAAAGCUGGGAGGCGAUCUGAUGUGCAACAGAGCAGAGACAGAGGGACCGAGUCAUGGCAGCGAAUUUGAGAUCAAGGUGCCGGUCAUGGCAGGCGAGACCGUCACCCGGCCUUCGUCCCCCUUCAGCUCGCCGAGACCGAGGACAGCCCAUAUGUCGCAUGCCGACGCACGUGUGGCACCGCCUCCAACCGCGCCACCAACACAAGAAGCACCUGCCAGCCCACAACACCUCAGUCGAGCACUACAGGACAUUGUUGCUGGCGCACACAUGACACGGAGGUCCAGUCCCCGGCCUCUGCCAACGCCGACUACCUCCGACGAACAUCAGCCCAAAGUCAAUGCCAAGGACCUACACUACCACUCCGGAUCCUCGCCCUCCACCUCUCCACCAACAACCGUCGUACGCCCAAUCCUUCGCCACUCUGUCUCCAACCCCAUCAUAGACUGCCAGCUCGCCCAGAAAUACCCUUUGCGCUUCCUCGUUGCCGAAGACAACAAAAUCAACCGCCGCCUCCUGGUGAACAUGUUGCAGAAGCUCGGCUAUAAGAACACCCUCGAGGCCCACGACGGUGCCGAAGCUGUGCGUCAGAUGAAAAUCAACCUCGCCCGCACCGAUGACAAAGCCAAACAACCACGCAUCGAUGUCGUGCUGAUGGAUCUCUGGAUGCCAUUGAUGGAUGGAUACGAAGCCACACAGAAAAUCUUCGCCUUGCACGAUGAAGUCUGCGGUUGUGCACAGAGGCCUACCGUCUUGGCCGUGACGGCCGAUGCCACUGAUGGAGCAAUCGAGAGGGCUGGGAGCGUGGGCAUGAAGGGACUCAUGACGAAGCCGUACAAGAUGCAUGAUUUACAAAGACUGAUCACAGAAUAUUGUGCCAGCCAAGCUGUGCAGCAGGGAGGUGGACAAGCAGGACUAUGA